AUGCCAACGCUGCCAGCGGAGGGGCUCCCGUGCCCUGGGUAUGCUAAGUAUCGAAAAUUUUACCACCAAUUUGUGACCUCCUGCGAACGGUCCAAUCCGAGCACAGCCCCUACUUUAACCAAAGCUGUACAUGUUCUUCCGCUACAGCCUACCAAAAAGAAUGCGCACCUCCCCCAAGCCUCGAUAGACGAAAUUGUGGCACCGAAACUGGUCGCUAGCGCCCUAGACCAGCAGUACAGGGAGGGGUUCUGCGCAUUUAUUGAUGCCAGUUUUCCCAUAUCAACAUACGCAUAUAUCACCCGCAUCAAUGUGAGCUGGUUCGACGUGGCCCGCAACCACGGAGCUUCAGGAAAGGCAGUUGACUGGGCCCUGCGCUGCCUCGGAUCUCUACACAUAGGCAGAGCACAUGACGACGAGCGGCAGGUUAUGGCCAGCCGCGAAUUGUAUGGUCGCGCAUUGCGAAGUCUCUUCUGGAGCAUCAAUAAACCAUCAUUAGUCGCCGCAGACGAAACUCUUGCUGCCGCUAUCCUACUCGGAGGGUAUGAGAUGGUCAAUGCUACAGGCCAGGCAUCAUGGCUGCUGCAUUCGCGUGGUAUCUCUGAUCUUUUUUGUCUACGGGGACCACAGGCACACACCCGUGGGCUUGGCCGGAACCUACUCGCAUCUUUCCGAGGGUUCCUGGUAUUUGAAGCCCUCACCCGGGGUGAAGCGUGUUUUCUAGAGCGCGAAGAGUGGAGGGCGAUUACCUCGGACACCAUCAAAGCAGAACAGCAGCUCGGCAAGGCCUGCCGUCUAUGCGAGCUGAUUGAAUAUGCAUUCUACGAAAUUGCACAAUGCCCGGGUUUUUUGGCGAGAACGAGGGCCCUGGUCGCAUAUUCGCACGCCACAGAUAUUACGAAAGAGCAUUUGAUCUGUCGCAUGACCCGCUGCCAAGAAGCGUUGUGUGAUCUACAGUCACAACUAUCGACUGGCGCCUGGGUUGCUCGCCAAUCAAGUAAUCCAGAAAACGGAAAUUUCAUUGGGCUAAUUCCCCCUUCUGUAGCUGAUACCUUAGGGAUGUUCUCACUCGAAGGAGUCAGUUCCGCUAUAGCGCUGAUUCAACAACUGUUGUCAGUCCUGGAGUCUGAUUGCACUCGAAGAACCGUGAAGUCGCUCUCGGUUCGUCCAGCAGACGAUAGUAUGUGGAACUUGGUCAAGGAUUCUACUCUGAUAGUUCAAAGAACGACUCGAGGGAGAAGCAAUUUGCAGCCGGCUAAGCUCGAGCUACAGGAGAAGGCAGAAACCUGGCUUGACCCGCUCUGCAUGUCAAUGGGCAUGCGGGCAGAGAAACUUUCAAUCUGA